UCCUGUUUUGUGCGUAAUGUGCAAUAAAAGCACAGAAGAGGAAAAACUUAUCAGGUGUCGAGUGAAUAAGUCACUAGGACGCACAAAAAAAGGCUUGCUCUAAAAAAAAACAAACCACGUGAGGGCUGAAAUGCAAAUAGAACAAAGCGGGAAAUCGUAACCACGAAAACGCAAGCUUGUGAAAAGGAAUUCAACGUUCACCCGAGACGUGCGCGGGCGUGUAAGCAACCGGCGUACUUGGAAGGUGCGCUAGCAAAUCCGGCCUUCGUCAAACUACUUUUGUGCUCAAGCGUUGGGCCAAACUUAGGUGAAAACAUUUUCAGGCUUUGAAGAUCUCGAGCGGCGUUCCGGAGCCGGAGAAGUUCUUUGGCCGCGCUUAGCGUUAGCCUCGCGUUAGCAAGAAAGGUCAGACGAGGUCGCUGAAAAUGCGACGCUGCCGCCCGGUGGCGACGGCGGCCCCCGUCUUUGUGUGCGUUCUGUUGCUUUCCCUCCUGGUGGGGCUCAGCCGCGACGGAGACCGCGGCGCCCUCUAGCGGUCGCCGCGAGCGCCGCAGCCUGAAAGCCUUUCCCAUCAUGCCUCCGCGGUCAUCGGAAAAAUCAUUUGGAUGGAAAAGAAAGGAAAGGUUGAGUUUCACCAGGACGACGGCAAACCGGAAGUGCGCAGUGAGAGUCAAAAUUGAUCUCGAUGAAUUAGAAAUGACGCGAGUUACAUAAGAACAAAGAAGACGUGAGAGUGUCUUGUUGUGUCUCGUGUGAGUUCUGGACUGCGUGUUGUGUGUCAGCGCAUGCGCGUGAGUCGUUCCCCCCCCCCCCCCCCCAGCAUUAGCGAGCAAGAUGGCGCUCUGGCAGGCAGCGACCGCCCCUCCUCUUCCUCCUGUGAGACACCGCUGAACCGACACCGCCGAACCCCGAGCUCCAUCCCCCCCCCCCCUCCGUGACCAGGGGAAUGUGCCGAUCUCCGGAACCUUCCUGACUCCUCGGCUGGGAAAGGAUGAAGACGAGGAUGCGGGAAGAGUGAAGACGGCGAUGGAGAUGCGGAAGAUGCUGACGGCGCUGACGUGCGCCGCGCUCUGGAGCCGCGCCGCCGCCGCGGGCCCAGGCGGCGCCGCGUCCGCGGAUCGGCCGUCGGCUUGGCCGUGGGUGUCGUCGGCGUGGGCGUCGGCCUCCGCCGGGGCGGGGCUCCUCUUCCUCCUGCUGGCCUGCGCCUGCUGCAAGAAGGGCGGCGGCGGCGGCGGGGCGCCGUUCAAGGAAUUGCGUAACAUCGCCGAUGGCGAAGGGUACCGCGCGCACGCCUCCGCGCCGCCCUCGCCCGCCUCGCGCUCCGGCCCGGACGUCUACGUCCUGCCCCUCGCCGAGACGGCGCCGCCGACGGCGCGCCGCCCGAAAUGGGCCGACCUGAGCCGCCAGAGUCUGCUCUACCUGAAGGAAAUCGGGAACGGAUGGUUCGGGAAGGCCAGGCCGCUUUUGGAAAGGAACAAAAGAAAAGAAACGAAAAGCGCAGACGAAUUUCCAGCAGCACGGCCGGAAGCCUUUGCAGUCCUAGUCACGUCAUCUGUCGAAUGUUUACAAGCAGAUAACAUCUUCUUCUUCUCCUCCAUCCCGGUUUUCCACACUCAUCCACAUCCGUGUUAUCUUCGUGACCGGGUUCUUCUGGGGGAGGUGACUGAGAACCUGAGAACCAGUCAGGUGGUGGUCAAGGAGCUGAAGGCCAGCGCCAACGUCAAGGAACAAAUGCGCUUCCUGCAGGAAGCGCAACCCUACCGGGUGCUGCAGCAUUCAGCUCUGCUGCAGUGUCUGGCCCAGUGUACCGACUUCUCGCCUUUCCUGCUGGUCAUGGAGUUCUGUCCGCUGGGCGACGUGAAGGCUUACCUGAGGAGCAGCAAGCCCGAAGACGGCGGCGGCGGCGUCCCCGAGCCGCUGACCCUCCAAAGGAUGGCCUGCGACAUCGCCUCAGGACUCAAACACCUGCACGUGCACAACUUCACCCACAGCGACCUGGCUUUGAGGAACUGCCUGCUGACCGCUGACGUCACCGUGAAGAUUGGGGACUACGGAUUGUCCCACGCCAAGUACAAGGACGACUACGUGGUCACGCCCGAGCAAACGUUGGUGCCGCUUCGGUGGAUCGCCCCCGAGCUGGUGGACGGCUUGCACGGAAAACUGCUGGUGGCCGAGCAGACCCGACGGAGCAACAUCUGGUCUCUGGGGGUGACCAUCUGGGAGCUGCUGGAGCUGGGAAAGCAACCCUACAGCCAUUACUCCGACCAGCAAGUCCUGUCCUAUGUCGUGAGGGAGCAGCAGCUGCGACUGGCCAAGCCCACGCUCCAAGUUCCUCUGGCUGAACGCUGGUACGAGGUGAUGCAGUUCUGCUGGCUCCCGCCUGAUCAGAGGCCCAAUGCCGAGGAAGUGCACUUGCUGUUGAGCUAUCUCUGCGCUAAGGGGGCCAGUGAAGCCGAGGAGGACUUCGAGAGGCGCUGGAACUCCAUGCGUCCCGGUGCCGGACGCAACAUCCGCCGCGGUCCGCCUCUGACGACUCCCACGGAACCCUUGCCCCCUGUGUCGUCUUUCCCUCUCCUCCGGCAGUUCUCGCCUGCCGACGGCUACCGCGGCGAGUCCGGGGAUGACGUUUUGACCGUCACCGAGACUAGCCGCGGCCUGAACUUUGAGUACAGGUGGGAGCAGGCUAGGGCGGAGGAGUCCUACAGAGGCCCGGACCCCUCAAGUGCCCUCAGUUGUGACGACCGUCGCGAAGUGUUCUAUCCUCCCGUGGGCAUUGUGGGAGGCUGCCCCUUGGAGAGCCUGAACAAUGACGCUUCUCCUUCUUACUAUCAGCCAAAACAUCUCCACGCUCCAGGUGUAGUUCCUGUCUUCAGUGCCCACAGCCCAUCAGUCAACAGUGAAUUCUAUAUCCGCAUCGAAGAACCAGCGGACCGUAACACCGAGCCCGACUACACACUUUGCUCUUACAGCCCGGAUUACCAGAGCGGCGGGAGCUUCUUUACUGGGAGCGCCGACUCUGGCGACUGCAUGGUCUGUCCGUCACAGGCUCAGAACUGUGACGGCUACUGGUCAGCAGAUAUCCACAACGUUGUUGAUGUUUAUGACUCCAAUGACUCGAGUCCUGCCAUCUCCCUAACAAUGGAGCCCCUCUUAGGACAGGCAUGUGACAACAGUCCCCUCCGACCCUGGGAGUCCAGUCACUACGUGUCCUACAAAGACCGAGACGGAGGUUACUAUUACGAGCACUCUCCGCCUGUGGACUUAGAACACUAUCUAAUGGGAGGUGAGCCGGCCAGUGAUCAUCUGCAAGAAAGUUGGGGGUCAAGGAGCCUUCGACAGGCGUUGGGCGAGCUGGAGAACCCGGCGGGAAUACCCCCUUCCCGUAACAGUCCGUCCGAACAGGUCUACAGAGACUCAUACCUGGACCUGGACACGAGUCAUUCCUCCGUCAUCGGUAGGAGUGUGACCGGAGGCUACUACGACAUGAUGGGCUCCCUGAGGAAGACCAUGCCGAGUCACAGCGGGCACGGCUCGGUCAGCAUUAACAUGGAGACGGAGAGGGCGCUCUUCGUGGGGCGCAGGGGGAGCGAUUCGGGGGAGGAUGAGGAUGAGGACAUAUUCCUGGAGGGGCACACGUGCAACACUUGGCCUUCAAAACAUCGCCACAGAAGCGCCGGCAAUCAAAGACGAGCGAGUCAGAGUUGGAGACAAGAUACGUAUGUGGACAUUCACUACACCAUGCCGAGUACGGACAUUGAAGACUCCUGGCCGGAGGACCUCGGCCUGCAAUACCACAGCCUGCCCAAGGGUGUCAGCUACGUGGAAACCCGCCAGGCUAAAGACAAUAGGAGCUGUCUGAGUCGACACCCUGCCGUGGUGUCCCCGGACCGCUGCGAUGCUUUGGUGUACUUGUGCCACCAGAGCGACAGCCGCGCGGCGCCGCCGAGAGACUACUGCCACUCGCACUUGGUCGACCCUCUCACUGGCUCGCUGGUGAGUAGCAACUACGGCUACAACCGCAACAAAGUCACGGACGACCCGAACAGUGACGAGACGAUCAAUCUCUCACCGGCGCCGGGAGGUCCAGUCGUGUGCAAACCUGCCUCGAUCAAGCCCGCCGGUGGCAGAGGAGAGCAAUACGUGGAUCUUAGACCGGAUGAAGUGAAGAAGCAAGAUGUCAUCACAGAACAUCCUCUCGUAACCACGCCCGACGUGGAAGAGACGAUCCAGAGUCCGGCGCCGCCCGCAGACAACACGAACGUGACGGUGAUCCCCACGGAUCUGCAGUCGGAGACAAGUCAACUAGGAGAUAGCGGUCUAGACCAAGGCGGCUCCAGCGUCAGUCUGACAGACAUCCUCGACUGCAGCGACAACGAAGAUGACGACGAAGUCACCGGCGACAUCGCUGAUAUCACGUCAGGAACCUUUGCAGACGAGCCCGGCGAACAGAACGCUUCUCCUUCCGUCGAGUUGCUCCACAAGGAGGUAGGAAUGCCGGAUUCCAUCGAGUGUGUGGAUCCGCCGUCUGUUACCGGGUCUCGCGAGGGCUCCGGCCCCACCUCACGCCCGUCCUGUUCUCCAAAAGCCACCGACAGCGGCUAUGACACAGAAAAUAAUGAGAGUCCAGAGUUUGUCCCAAAAGAACUUCACGAAGCCAAAGACCAAGCUGUGUCUCACACGGACCUUGGUGUUGCUGCCCAGGAGCAGGAAGGAUCUUGUGAAGACUCGUCAUCAAAGUCAUCCGACCACACCUUCUCGCCACUGAGCCCGGAGACGCCGUACAGAGACUCAGCUUACUUCUCUGACUACGAGAACGAACGCCAGAUGAGGAACGAAAAAGAGGAAGUGCAUCGGGCAGGAGAGGGUUGUGAGACUGAAGAUGAAGAAGCACUGAAAGAUAUCCCAGGAAGGGAACACGGAGAACGUCGUUUGCCAGAACUGAGCGGAACAUUCCGAGCAGAAGACUGUGAUCAUGACGACUUGUUGGACGGUUCGAGGGCAGAAUGUGGUCUGGAUGAGUGGCCUUCUCAGGAGGAGAGCUCGUCUCUUGGAGACUGGGCAGCAGAGGUGGUGGGAGCCAUGGAGAAGGCUCUGGAUGCCCUGAAUGGAGAAUAUCAGUCCACCGGCAUCGCAGAGGACAAAGAAAUAGUUCAUAACAAACCAUCGGGGCCGGAGCUGUUGCACAUCUUACCGAAGGAUGAGGUGGCCUUGCAGCACGCCCUUAAUUCCAGAAGGUCAUCCUCGUCUUCUUUGCCAGAAGACCGAGGUCCUCCUCCGGACGGGGAGGAGGCGGACAAAGAGGACGGCGACUCGGACGACAGCGACGCGUCCGACGAGGAGCUGCGGCGCUUCGGCGUCCGGGAGGAGGAGAGCGAAGACGAGUGCCACCCGGUGCCCGUCGUGGUGAGCGACGACAGCCGGGCCCGCACCCUGCGAGGCCUCCUCAAAGCGCCCGCCGUGCUGAAGAUACGGGAGGAACUAGAACGCGAGAAGAGGAACGUGUCCUUCUUCGGUGACGUCACCGUCUACCUCUUUGAUCAGGAGAGUCCCACCAAGGAGCUGAGCGCACACGGACUCCCUCUGGCCGUAGAAGGUCCAAGCGGCAAAUCUCCCGAGAGGGUCGGCGCGUCUGACGACUCCUCAGACGGAAACGUCUCAGAAGAGAGUGUAGGCUUCGAGUGGGAGGAAGACUUCCCUCUGCUCCCGCUGCCGACGUCCUCGCCCGCCGCCGCCGCCGCCGCCAGACCUCAGGAGACCGAGUCGGCCGCGCCGUUCUCCCGCUUCACCGUGUCGCCCUCCGGCGCGUCCCGGUUCUCCAUCACGCACAUCUCCGACUCGGACGUGGAUUCCGCGGGAGGAAGCGGCGAGGAAGGAGAGCGAGAAUGAAGGACGGACGCUUACCAACAAAUUGGGAAGAUUUUUUUUACCGGAAAAAAAAAAAAGAAGCAGCAGCAGCAGCAUCUCAUGAAGACUUUUGCGAGGUUUCAAAGUCAACAGUCCAAGGCGGCAUCAUUGGACGAACCAAACUGGAACAUGGCUGACGCGGCUUGGAAAAUCCGGCGCGUUAUUUUCACGUUCCAUUAUUUCCACACCGGACGCCACGCGACAUUUCGAGGCUGCCCGGCGCUUUUGCCUUCCAGCCAAUCACGUCGAAGUUUUGCCAGACCGCAAUUGGGCCAACUUGGCCGCCGAUAACCGCGAUCAUCACAAUCGCGUCUUUAACGUGAUACCUACUGGGCAAAUUACGUAGGCAGCCAUUUUUCCCCUAAAAUUGCUUACUUCUGACGUAUUAUGUGCUCAAUUAUACGAUGAAAUAGUUGAUGACUUAUUGUAAAUAAUCACAAAAAAAUACAUAUCUAACAUUUUCAAUUCAUUUCAGCAAAUAAUUGAGUAUCAUUAAUUUAUGUUUAAAAGUUGAAUGAAUGAUUUUACUAUUGAAAUGAACAUUUACAUAUUUAAUGUGAUUUUUUUUUUCCCCAUUACUUGAUCUAAUUCAGUUAUUAAUUGUAAGUCAUUGCAUUUUAAAAUCGUUAACAUCAUGUAACAUUUUGAGAGGAAAUGAAAAUUCUUGAAAAAUCAAUUCCUUCCAAAUGAUACAAAAUGGAAACUAGAAAUCAAUUUGUAUUUGCGCCCGUCCACGCGUAACUUGCAUCUUCAAACGCGGCCCUUGAGCAAAAGCGGCGAAACAAAAGCAGACCAAAAUCCACGUCCGUUUCGGAGGCCGGCCGUUUGCUUUUCCGGACAUUCUUCAAAACGUCGUAAACGUCGCCUCCGAAGAGCGAAGCGGACUUCGGUUGACGGGCCGCGCCUGCCGGACGUCUGCGGCGGAGAAAAAGAAAAAGAAA